CUGAAAGGUUGCUGGUUCGAACCCUUCCCCCCCGUUGGCAAACACUUGUGGCCUCCAGUAGAGGAGUGUUCACAGGUCUUCAGCUCAGUGGGAUGCCAAGUGUGUGCCAGGGAUUUGUUCGCAUCCUUCUUUUAUGUGUGGGUUUUUAACAACAUUUCACCUCAUGAAAAAUGAAACAAUAACAUUUUAUUUAGUGUUUUCAAGCAUAUCAAAAUGUAAGAAAUACAAAAUAAUUAUCAGAAUCACCAUUUAUAAAAAGCUCUGUUAAUAAUGAGCAGUUAUGUCGCAGCUAAUCACAUUGCAACGCUCUGUCCAGCUCUUGAGUUUACCAGGUAUACACACGUUAGAAAUAACCUCUUUCAGAGACGCUAUGGAGAGAUUAGUAACUGCAAACUGAGGUUUUAGAAAGUCAACUAAUAAUAAUAAUCAUACAAAUAAUAUACUUUCUUUAUUCAGCGAAUUUCUAAACAACGUUACAAAGAACUUUGCAUGGUCAAACCAGUAACAAAGACAUUUCAGGACUAUAUGAACAUAAAAUGGACAUAAAAUGCCCAAAAGUAAUGUAAAAAUAAAAAACUGUUAACGUUAAAAAGAUGACACGUUGGAAAUACAAUGAUGUGCUUGCAUUAAUAAAAACAAGUUUAAAGGAUAAUGUUUUGAGAAGUGAUUUAAAAGAUGUCAGUGGUUCUGCAAGAACUCUGAUCCUCAAGCAGAGCUCCCGGGCCUGAUGUGAUUGUGUCUUUGAAGGCGUCUGUCUCAGGUAUUGAAAGCGCUGAGCAUUGGUAAAUGACUCUAACGUGAUUGUGUUUUUUGGCUCUCUCUGCAGGACCCGCUGGAUCCCGGUCGUUGCGUGAUGGUGAUCCGGUCUCUGGUCCCCGGCGGCUCGGCAGAACGCCACAGCGGUUUGCUCCCCGGGGACCAGCUGGUGUCGGUCAACCAGACCCAGCUGGACCCGCUGACCCUGGACCAGGCCUUGGAGGUCCUGAAGUCCGCCCCGCCCGGCACAGUCCGCCUGGGCAUCCGCAAGCCUCUGUCUGUGGUGCAGGGACCAGAGAGGAUCAGCCAGGUGUAUCUCAACAACACACAACUGCCCGUACCAAAGGUAACACUCACACAUUUUAUGACCCCCGUCCACAUCCUUAAUAGUACUGUCAACUAACCGGUCAAAUUUGAGAGGCUGGAACAAGAAACAAGAGUAGGAAAACCUGAGGAGAAAUCCACAGAUGAAUACAUUUUCUCUUUGAAGUUUAACAGUGGCAGCCCGUGUCUGUCUGUCAUUCUUGGUCACGCGGUGGUAUUUCAGACGACAGUCUGCAACUAGAAAAUGCAUUUCCUGCUGAAAAUGCAUUGGAAAGCUGAAAUUAAUUGUAAAAUAAUUGCUGAAA